UCGCCUCUGCUGCAGCUGUUGACUACCUUCGUGCUGAGGAGGUUGGAGCUGCGUCUGCCAGUAGUGGGAGGCGCCGCAGCGGCAGGGGCUGGAAGGGCAGGAGCGGUGGGGUGGCAAAUGUGGAGGCGGUGGUGGGGGCGGUGGAGGCGUUGGUGGGGGCGGCGGUGGAGGAGGAAGUGGUGGUGGGGGCGGCGGGGCAGGUGGCGGCGGUAGUGGCGGCAGUGGGAGUGGUGGAGGUAGUGGUGGUGGCGGCGGUAGUGGCGGCAGUGGGGGUGGAGGCGGCAGCGGUGGGGGUGGAGGCGGCAGCAGUGGGGGUGGCAGGGGUGGCACCAGCCAGAGGGAGGCCUUGGAGUGGUCCCUGCCCGUAUGUUAUUCGCACAGGUCAAACAUACGAGUGGUCUCACACUCAGCACCGCUGCUUCAACCGCCUUACCGACGCCUUUCGCGCAGAGUUUCCUUAUGCACCUAAGCUUCCCGACUGGGCGGCGCUGCUUAGGCAGAAUGUUGAUAUCUUUGCUCUAGACUUUGAUGCUAUCCUAUCUGCCAUGUAUGCAUUGACUAUUGGUGAUGAGGGUGAUUGUUACCUGUGUCUGCCGCCAGACCCAGGUAUAGAGGCUGCUGCUCUAGGUGCUAGUGAGUCUGCUGCCCUAGGUGCUGGUGAGUCUGCUCUCUUUGGUACUGCGUCUGCUGCGGCCCUACACACCUUCACACUUGACUCAGGUGCUUCCUGCUGUCUCUUUCGCAACAGUACCACAGUCACACCGCUCACUGCACCUGUUGCUGUGUCGUUGGCUGACCCCUCUGGGGGCCCAGUCCUUGCACGUUCCUCCAAUCUACCCUCAAGGAUGCGGGGGUUGACAUCUUCACCCUUGGAUGGCAGCGUGUGGCGUUCUGUACGUGCUCUCGGACCGGUAGCCACCUGGCCUCAAUAA